CAAACUAAAACCCAAUAUUCUUCUUAUUUCAGCGAAGGCUGUGAUUCUGAGAGGGAUUCGUGUUCGACAAGAUGGAGACCAUAGUUUUCUUGUUUUCAUUUUCCGCCCUUGGCGUUCUUUAUGCGAUGAACAGCAUCCCUGAGCUUCAAGAGCCCUAUGUGAUCUUGGGAGUAGGAAUGGCUGUUUUGGUGCUCGUAUUUCUGUUCUACUUCCUCAUAACCCGUGGCAACCCACCUAAAGACGUCUUAUUCUUUGUGUUUGCUGUUUUCUGUUUCACGUGUGUCAUCGAUCUAAUAAGCGCUUUGCAACAAGAUGGGGUCGUUUCUGGGUUCAUGGAAUUCUAUGAGAAAACAGGGGAGCCAUACCUGGGCUCAGCCUAUGCCAUUAUGAUGUGCUACUGGGAUGGGAUCGUUCACUUCGUCAUGUACCUGAUGAUGAUCAGCAGGAUAACAGAUAGGAAGUCCUACCGCACCAUGGGGCUGUUCUGGGCCGGCUCUCUCUGCGCCAACAUGAGUGUGUUUAUCGUUGGCAUCGUCGCAGGUAAAUAUGGGUUGGAAAUCCGUCCAGCUUUCUGGAUCAACUUUGUGUUCCUUUUGCUGCCGGUAUGGGCGACAAUCACCCUGUUCAUUCGUGCCAAGGACAGACCACUGAUUGGUGGAUACAAUGCCCACAACGUGCAGACCAUGAAUCUGAUCUGGCGCCCCCAGGAUUUGAUGCUGGUACUGCUCCUGUUAGCCGCCAUGGCCUUCACUCUCCUCAGAGGACUGGUGGCUCUGGGUUCCCCGCUAGAAGCAUGUUCCGUCUACCUGGAGCAAUACGAGCCCUACCUGAGCGACCCUGUGGGCUUCCCCAAAGUCAUGAUGCUGCACAUCCUUUUCUAUGGGCUGCCCCUACUGGGCUCCUUUGUCUACGGACUCCUCAAGCCCGGGUGCACAUGGAUGCCGGACUGGACCAUGUUCUUCUCGGGGGCUUUGAUCCAGUGCCAGUGGGCCCAUAUCGGAGCGUCCCUCCAUUCACGCACCUUGGCUCCGUUCCGUAUCCCUGGCGACUCGCUGUGCUGCGUGUUGAUGGCCAACGUUCUCUACGCCCUGGUCCCCAUCCUGGUGGCCCUGCGCGUCAACAGUAACCCCUACUUCUUCCUGAAGAUCGCCCCCUUCCCGGGGCAGACAGGCCUGCCCAACAGUGAGGAGAAAGACACCAAAUACAAGGAUAAAUAAUGGUUCAAAACGAUUCUGAGAGGGGAACUGUGUGUAGUUACGCUGGCCUUGUUGCCAUAUAAAUAAAAGAUUUGUUUUGCUCAA